UCCUAGGUCAGCCGCCGCACGCUGGAUCCGGCUAGGAAGAAGCGGAGACAUUUGGGCAGGAACCUGCCUGUAGAGUAGCCGCAGCAGCUCGGCAGCGCCAUGGAGAACGUGGAGCUCAGAGGCGGACCGGAGAGAUUUCCAGACAAAGAUCCCCGGCUGAAUGCAGUGUUUGUGGAUCAGGGGCAGAUGAUGAUGAUGAUGAUGGUGGAGCAGAGGGGAGGGGAUGGGUACAAAUUGGUGGAAGUGUUGCUGACUGGAGGGGCUCCUUGGGGCUUCACCUUAAAAGGAGGAAGAGAGCAUGGGGAACCUCUCAUCAUCACCAAGAUUGAAGAAGGGAGCAAAGCUGCAGCUGUUGACAAGUUACUGGCUGGAGACGAAAUUGUCAGCAUCAAUGACGUGGGCCUCUCCGGGUUCAGACAAGAGGCGAUCUGUCUGGUGAAGGGAUCUCACAAGACUCUAAAGCUAAUAGUGAAAAGAAGAAAUGAUCUAGCCUGCAGGCCCCACUCCUGGCAUGCAACCAAAUUCACAGAGAAUCAGCCUGAGGCAGCCACGUCACAGCUCUCCUCAACCAAUGUCUGCACUUCCUGGCACUCCCGGUAUCAUGCAAGCUCCUCCUCUCAUGACCUGUCAAACUCAUGGGAUCAGUCAAAUCUGCAUCGCACGUCUGAGCGAUUCAGUUCCCUGGGAAGUAUGGACAGCUGGGACCACACUCUCCAAACAUCCCAGUAUGGAAGGCUUUCCUCUGCAAAGUCCAACAAUAGCAUUGAUCAUGUAGGGAACCAAAGCAAGCGGGAUUCCGCCUAUGGCUCUUUCUCCACUAGUUCGAGUACCCCUGAUCACACUCUGUCCAACAUGGAUGCUGCUUCAACGGAGAACAUGCUGUACAAAGUAGGCCACUGGGACACUGCAAAGCAUGGAAACAACAAGACUGGCCAGUUAGUGAAUGAUAACAGUGGACUGGAGGACAAACAUGGGUACUUGCCACUUCCCAUUCAAUAUGAGACUAGAAAGAGCCCUAGAUUGGAGGAACAGCCUGAUUCCAAGCUCUCUGGUUCUGGAAGAUCAAGUUUUGGACCUAUCUGGCAUGUUCCUGAUAAAAAAUCAUCCUCCCCUCCACCACCACCUCCACCUCUCCGUAGUGACAGUUUUGCAAUUACCAAAGGCCAUGAGAAGGCCCAUGGUUCAGUGUACUCAGAGGGUGCCAGCACCCAGCACUUUACAGUUCUGAACCAAUCUCCGCAUAGGAGGGACUGGAUCUCAGAAACUGCAGAACAACCAAGAAGACCUGUUAGGGCAAGUGACAGGAGCACAGAUGGAAAGAGGGUCAAUAAUUCCAAUUACAAAUCUGAUAUUAGUGUGGACUACAAUUUGGUCUCUGCUGGUGAUAGGUACAACAAUAAUUCAGGAAAUGCUAACAGACUGCAGUCCUCUUUGUCCAGCACUGAUGUUCGGUUUGCACAGCCUGCUUACGGUUACCACCACCAGCGCCAAUACAGCGAUGAAAGCACUUUCUUUCACCAUGCAAGGGCUUCGACUUCGCCUAAAGAGCAGCGACAUGUUUCCUCUUACAGUGGCAAUAAAGAGCUACCUGCCAACCACUUUCACUGCUACAGUCCAAACCAAGCCAGAAUGUUCAGUGCUUCUUCUAACAAUGAUGCAGCUGAACAGAAGGUGGACAACACUGGACAGAGUCGUUAUUAUUGUGUCACAGCAAAACAGCCUACCCAGGGAAGCUCACGGCCACUACAGCUCAAGGAUGAAUGUUGGAAACCUGGAAUAGGGGCUGAUGUUUCCCCUGGACCACAUGAAAAUCCUGCCGUAGUCACAAUGGUCCAAAAACCAAAGUACUAUUUACCGCAACAACCUGUCGAGCCUUUGCUAGAAGGGCGCGAGAAGAGUGGUUACUAUGUAGUGGACAGUGGAGGGGAUGUUAAGUCUACUGUAGUGGAAGAUCCUAAAAAAACAAGUUUUACUGAAAAACCUGGUCAAAAGCAAAACUUUGGCAGUUUCGAGGAAAAUGACAAUAGCUACAAUCAGCAGGAGUGUACAAAGAGCUGUGUCCCUAUCACUGAACACAGAGCGGCCCAAAAAGAAAUCAAGUGGCGACCAGAAGACAGUAGUAAGAUUUCUGCUCAGAAGACCCCAAUUUUGCACUCUUUAGCUCAGGAAGGGAAAAACCACUCUGACAACUGCCUGGAAACUGGAAUGGAUAGACAGCCCCCGUUUGAUACGCAUACAGCUAAGCAGGCACGCAGAAGUGAUCGCUUUGCAACAACCCUGAGAAACGAGAUCCAAAUGAGGCGAGCGAAGCUGCAGAAAAGCAAAAGCACUGCUACCUUAAUAGGGUCAAGCGAAACAGAAGAGGACACUGAAAACUGGAAACCAGAUUCAGUGGAGAACUUAAACACGCCUUCAGAGAGCUCUUUUACCGGCUCCUACACGGAUCACCUGAAGGAGGCCCAGGCCAGGGUCCUGAGGGCUACUUCCUUCAAACGGCGGGACUUGGAACCUAGCCCUGCUGAUUAUCUCCCCAGGUCACCAGAACGGAAGACAAAUAAUUGCAACUCUUCCUUGUUGGCUUGGGUUUCUGAAGAUGUGUCAGGUUUUCUUGAGGCUAUGCAGGCUAAACCAAACUCAUCAGGGGGUGGCACUCAUCAUAUCUCCCGCAUUGGAGCUAGGAAGAGGUUCACAGCAGAACAAAAACUGAAGUCUUACUCUGAACCAGAGAAGAUGAAUGAAGUGGGGGUGUCAGAAGAUGACUGCCAUCCCCACCGCCGUCCAAAUACAUCUGACGAAGCCCUGGGCUCUUUUGCAGAUAAGUGGAAAUUCUUUGAAGAAACAAGUAAGCCCACAUAUCGUAAGUCUGCACAGAAACAAACUCCCUACAGUCUGCCUGAGAGGCCUGAUAAAAAAGCUCAUGGACAUGAGGGUGAGGAGUCUUGGUAUGAUAGACGGGCUCGGGCAGCCUCUUUUGGAAUUGAAAGUACACGAGCUGCAAAAGAUCAUGUCCAUUACCUUGCUCACAAGUCUGCAGACAAAGUGGUGAAAACUGAACAGCCUCAGAGGUUGGGAACAUUUGCAGAAUAUCAGGCAUCCUGGAAAGAGCAGAGGACACCUCUAGAGCCAAGGAGUUCAGGAAAGUACCAUUCAGCUGAUAACAUCCUUGAUGCAAGCCAUGAGCAGCAUGAGAAACCCCAGUACACACAUGAGAGAUCCAGAUCGUCUCCUUCUACUGAUAUCUACAAACAGGAAGUCACAGUUGAAGUAAGGAGGCAAACCGAGGAUUCAGGGGAAGAUGGGGAGUGUAUUUCCUCCAAAACUAACACUGAUGAGCAGAAUUGCACUCUAAGCUUCUUUUCUCAGCUCACAGUAUCUCUCCAGCCUCCCCUAAGCAGAGAACAACCCUGCCUUCUUUCUGGGUCUCUGAGGCAAGCUGAUACAGGAUUCCCAGAAGAUAACCCAGGAGAACAAAGGGCUCAGCUGGACCAAAAUUUAGGACCCAAAUGGAAGGCAUCUGUUAGAGCAUUUCAAACAAGAGAACCUAUUGUCUUGUCUCAAGAGAGCCGGGGAAGAUCCGGGACAUUGCCCAGUGAUUACAGAUACUCCCAGGAAAACGUGAAUGAGAAAAGCAAGGAUUGCAGCUUGCCCCUUCUCACUUAUUCUGAGCCGCAGACACUGCAGGAGAGCCACUCCUGUCCGCCACAAGGCAGAGGAGAGGAAAGUCAGUGGACAGAGCUGACAUUGCUGAACAAGAGACGUGGACCUGCCCCUCAGAGGCCUCCCCCACCCAAACGAGAUAAUAAACACAGGAGCCAGGACAAUUCCACCUCACUCAGCAUCUCUUCAGAAUCACUGCUGGCAGUACCCAGGAAGCCCAUUCAGUCCAUUUCCCCCAGCUCUGGUGAGGUAAUUACAGGUUACGUUCAGAGUCCUGCAGCAUUCAGUGGAAAACUAAAGAGCGCUCAUCCUCAGGGGCUCCGGCAAACAGCAUCCACAGAGAAUGUGUGUCAGCACUUAGAAGAGAAAGCACAUCUUAAAUCUGAACCUGUAUUGUCUUCAAAGUAUCGCUACCUUCAGAAACCUGGAAUGGAGACAUCAAGGUCCCCUUCACCUCAGUUUGCGCCACAGAAGCUGACUGACAAGCCUCCUGUAUCUGUCCAGGAUGAGAACCCAGCAAGAAUUGAAAGAGUGAUUGAUAACAACACUACAGUAAAAAUGGUUCCCAUCAAGAUAGUUCAUUCUGAGAGCAAUGCAGAAAAGGAAAGUCGCCAGAACCUCGUGAGCACCAUGGAGCCUCCUGCCUUACCUAGUGGUUUGGAGAAGGACCAGAUUAAAACACUCAGUACGUCUGAGCAAUCCUACUCGCGUUUCUGUGCUUACACAAGGCGGGGUAUAGAACCAGAGCCUGAGAGCAAAACCAGACCUCCUGACUUGCAAUCAGCUGAAGCACUUGGGAACAACUUGAAGGACAGCGAUGCCUCCAUCCCUGUAAUCAGCUACGUGAAGGCCAAAGAGAAGACCUUUGAAGACUGGAAGUCUGAGGAACUAGCCAGAGAGAUUGUGGGAAAGGAUAAAUCUCUAGCAGAUAUUUUGGAUCCUACUGUGAAAAUAAAAACUACGAUGGAUCUGAUGGUGGGAAUCUUCCCUAAAGAUGAACACCUCUUAGAAGAAGCUCAACAACGCAGAAAGCUCCUACCAAAAGUUCCUUCUCCAAAAAUUACAGAGGAAAAGAAAGAGGAGCAGGGCAUGCCUUCUGCCAUCUCCUUGACAACCAAUUCCACUUACUACAGCACGUCUGCACCAAAAGCAGAAUUGCUGAUUAAAAUGAAGGACAUGCAGGAGCAACAGCAGCAGCAGAGUGAAGAGGAUUCUGAAGAUGAGCUUGAUCAUGACUUGUCAGAAAAGAAGCAGAAACUCAUUGACAGCAUUAGUAGGAAGCUGCAGGUGCUGCGCGAAGCUCGGGAAACACUCCUGGAAGACAUCCAAGCGAACAAUGCACUAGGAGAUGAGGUGGAGGCUAUUGUGAAAGAGGUCUGCAAACCUAAUGAGUUUGACAAGUUCAGGAUGUUCAUCGGGGACCUGGACAAAGUGGUCAACCUGCUGCUGUCACUGUCAGGUCGUCUGGCUCGUGUGGAAAAUGCCCUGAAUAACUUGGAUGAAAAUGCCUCUCCUGAAGAACGGCGGACAUUGAUAGAGAAGCAGAAACUGCUGACUCAGCAGCAUGAAGAUGCGAAGGAACUGAAGGAAAACCUGGACCGACGGGAGCGGAUUGUCUUUGACAUUUUGGCUAACUAUCUAAGUGAAGAGAGCCUAGCAGAUUAUGAGCACUUUGUAAAGAUGAAGUCAGCCCUUAUCAUUGAGCAGAGAGAGCUAGAGGACAAGAUCAAGCUGGGGGAGGAGCAACUCAAGUGUCUGACCGACAGCCUCCAACCUGAAAGGCUCAAAUAAGAGGUCAAGGCCUGACCAAAGACUUGAAAACUGGUGGUUGGGCACAGUUUCCAAGUAUGCAAGUGAAACCCCUGACUUGUAUCUGUGUCUAAUAGACGGAGUUAGACAAGAGAAAAAUAGCUACUCUAGCAAUAAUGAUCUUUCUUGUUGUUUGGAUGAUGUAUUUAAUUUUUAAACCCUCUUUUUAAUCCCCGACUCUACAGCUGUUCUUUGUGUCUCAGCCUAUCCUAUAGAAAGUUCUGCAGGAGACAGAGGAUAGAUUCUAAGCUUUGAAUUCAGUAUAUUGUGAAGUCUGUUGCAAUAGUGCAUGCAAACAAUAACGGUUUUCAGAAUAAGUUGUGAUAGUCUUUAUUGUCUUCAGAUGCUGCACAAACUGCUGGGAAGCCCAAAAGCAAAUGAAUAAAGAAGCUCUAAUUUUAGGGCUUUUUCUUUUACAGUCACAUCAAGUAGGAGAAGUGUGUGUCAUGUCUGAUACUAUAUUCAGGUUGCUCUCACUUUGAUCCUGGUACAUCAGACGCUUUUUCUUUGUAACGUAUCUCAUAAGAAAAGUUCUGACUUUCUCCUUUCAGAAAAUAAUUUCAAAACCAAUCUCAGCUGGCUACAGGCUAAAGCAACUUGAAAAUCAUUUAAGAUCUAUGUUACUGAAGUUAAGAACACAUGGUUUAGAGAGUAUCAGAGGGGUAGCCGUCUUAGUCUGGAUCUGUAAAAGCAAAGAAUCCUGUGGCACCUUAUAGACUAACAGAUGUUUUGGAGC